AUGCGCCUGCUCAAUGUCAACACACGGCAGCUAGAGGAGUUCUUCGGCGAUGCAAUUCCUCUAUACGCAAUCCUAUCGCACACUUGGGGAAAGGAAGAGGUCACACUACAAGAUCUGUCAAGAGAAGGACACCAGCAGAAGCAAGGCUACGCUAAGAUCGAAGGAUGCUGCCAGCAGGCGAUCGAGGAUGACCUACUCUGGGUGUGGAUCGACACAUGCUGCAUCGAUAAGACGAGCAGCGCAGAGCUUUCGGAGGCCAUUAAUUCCAUGUUCCGCUGGUACAAGAACUCCAAGGUGUGCUAUGCCUAUCUGCAGGAUGUGCCAUCUGGGUCAGAUAUCUUUGAGCAGGGUUCUGCCUUCCGUCAGAGUCGAUGGUUCACCAGAGGAUGGACCUUGCAGGAGCUACUUGCUCCACGACUGGUUCAAUUUUACGAUAGCAAUUGGAUGAUGAUCUUUUCAACAGACCCCGGUGGUCACGGUUAUGAGCAUGCCACAAAGCUGAUUCCACUAUUAUGCGAUACCACGUCUAUCGACAAAGAGUUUUUUGAGUACCGCUCCCGCAUUGGAUCAGCUUCAGCAGCGCGCAAAGUUUCAUGGAUGGCGAGACGAAGUACUACUCGUGUAGAGGACGAGGCUUAUUGCCUGCUCGGCCUGCUGGACAUCAACAUGCCGUUACUGUACGGAGAGGGUACCAAAGCUUUCAUCCGGCUCCAAGAGGCUAUACCCGAAGGUGGAUCUGGCAUACCAGCGAACAUCGAAGACACACACUACCGUCACUGGACGUGGCUUGCACAUUGA